AUGUCUGAUAAAGAUAAAGAUAAAGAGGAUAAUUCUCAACCAAAGAAGAAACUAAAGACAAGUUCGAAUAAAAUUUCAAGAGCAAUUUCAGCUUGUAAACGAUGUAGAAGUAAGAAAAUUAAGUGUGAUCAAAAAUUUCCACAAUGUACUAAAUGUCAAAUUAAUAAUGUUGAGUGUAUUGGAGUUGAUCCAGUUACAGGACGAGAAAUUCCAAGAAGUUACAUCGUAUAUUUGGAAGAUAAGAUCAAGAAUUUGGAAAACAAAUUGAAUUUACUAGAGGGUGGUAAUGUUACAGAAAUUGAAAAAUCAAAAUCACAAUCACAAUCACAUUUUAGUCCAAUUGAAAAAGAAUCACCAGGGUCUAAUUCAAUUACAUUUUCAAAGUUAGUUUCAACUGCUCUUAAAGUAUCGGAUAAUAAAGAAGUGCCGUCUGAAGUGCUUGACGACGAUUCAUUGCCGGCUGUACUACCCCCAAAAUAUACUGCUUUACAAUUUUUACAAAUUUAUUUUCAUCAAUGUAAUUCUCAAUUACCUUUAUUUCAUCGUGAAGAAUUUAUACAAAAUUAUUUUAUACCGAUAUAUGGAUCAAUAGAUUUAAAUCAGACCAACCUUGCAUCAAAUAACAAGUCAACUACAUCAAAAUUUGAAACUAAUGAAUGUUGGUUUGAUUCGUAUAAAAUUCAAUUUCAAAAACUUUUAAAUGAAAAUCUCAGUAUUCCAAAAAUAUCAAAUCAAAUAACACCACCAAGAAAGUACUAUAAAGCAUUGUAUUUCCUCAAUUUAGUAUUUGCAAUAGCUUCCAGUGUACAUCAUCUAAAAUAUCCGAAGCAAAUAUCAAAUUCAUUUUUGAUAUCAGCCAUGAAGUACAAAUAUGAAAUGGAAGAUGCAUUGGAGAAUUUAUCUGCUAUCUUACUAUAUGCUUAUUAUUCAAUUAUGAGACCUACAAAUCCUGGAAUUUGGUAUAUUAUGGGUCAAGUAUUACGAAUUACUGUUGAUUUAGAUUUGCAGAAUGAAAAAAUCACCAAACUGAAACAAAUGAUAAAUAUUGAUAAUUUUACCAGAGAUAAACGAAGAAGAAUAUUUUGGUGUUGUUAUUCAAUUGAUAGACAAAUUUGUUUUUAUCUUGAUAGACCAUUUGGAAUACCUGAUGAAAGUAUAAAUACACCAUAUCCAUGCUUACUAGAUGAUUCAAAUAUUUUACCUGGAGAUAUAAUAACAAACUAUAAUGCAAAGGAUGUGGUAAGUUAUAAGAAUGUAAGUUUGGCGUUUUUCGAGAUACGUAAAAUACAAAGUGAAGUAACAAAGAUACUAUAUACAUCAGCUGAAAUACCUAGAGCUUUCAAUAGUCUAACUGAUUGGAAAGAAUAUAUUAAUAAAGAAUUAGAGAAUUGGUAUAAAUCAUUACCUGAUAUGAACAAGAUGAAUUGUGACUUUAACCUCGUGUUUUUUAAAUUGAAUUAUCAUCAUACGUUAUUAUAUCUUAAUGGUCUAUGUCCCAAGAAUUAUAAAUUGACGUUAGCGGAGUAUAAGCAAGUCGCAUUAAGUUCAAAAGAGAUAAUAGAGUCUUAUGCAGAGUUAUUGUUAAGCAAAUCUAUAAAUUAUACAUGGGCUGGAGUACAUAAUCUAUUCCUGGCUGGGACAUCAUUCUUAUAUGCCUUAUACAAUUCAGCUGAAAUUAGGGAGAUUUAUAAAAUAGGUGAUGUUUCCAAAAUAUCUCAAAAUUGUUUGUACAUAUUAUAUAAUUUGAUUGACAGAUGUGAUGCAGCGAAACCAUGUUAUGAAAUUUUUCAAAAAUUGACUCAAGUAAUUAUAAAAUUAAAAUAUAAUGGUGAAUAUAAUUCAGUGAUUGAAAUUUCAAAAGAGUCAUUAUAUGAUAUAAAUGGUGGUAAUGUACAUUCAAACCUAUUCCACUUGGUAUCUGAACUAGACCAUCUCAAUCCAUUGAAAAAUGUGAAUACAAAUAUAAUGCAACUGGCACCCAAUGAUGUUGAAAAUAUUCAAAUUGAGUGGAAUGAUAGUGAUUUAGAUUUAUUUUUCAAUGAAUUGAAUAAAUCUGAGGGGACUACACCUACUAAUCGUGAAGGUGAAAAAACAUUUGAAUUGAUUCAUAAUUUACCAAAUGAAAAAAUUUGGGACCAAUAUUUUACUAAUAGAUAG